AGACGAAGACCUCAUGCUAUGGUUGUUCGGAUAAUUUUCGAAUUCACGAUCUUAAAGUCAUAUGAUUCACAGCAAAUAUAGCAACAGAUAUCUCAAUUGGUAUUUCCAAAAGCCACGAAACGUGCAUUGAGUUUGGAGCGAUGUCUGAAGUGAAGAUUGAAGACGUGAUAGAAGAUGGACGACUACUGCUAUGCUAAGAUGGCGACGUCCGCUAAAAGAGAACAUGAAAGAGAAUCAGCGCCACCAACUUCCAGCAAAUCACCAACGGAGAUCAAGACGAAAGAUGAAGAUGUUCAGCAGCUGAUUGGUCAUCCAGAAGAACUUUCCCUUCAGUUGGCAGGGGGGAGCUCCACUUUGAAGCAGGAGACUCCACAACCACCCUGCAUUAAAAAGGAAGAGGAGGAACUCUGCAUCACUCAGGAGGGAGAGUGUCUUCUAGGACGAGAGGAAGCUGAUUACACCAAGUUUCCACUGAGUAUUCUCUCUGUGAAGACUGAAGAUGAUGACGAGAAACCACAAGUGGACAACUUCUUAGCUCCACUAUCAGAUCACGUCCAGCAGCUGAUCAGUAAUCCAGAAGAACUUCCCCCUCAGUCGGAAGGGAAGAGCUCCACUUUGAAGCAGGAGACUCCACAACCACCCUGCAUUAAAAAGGAAGAGGAGGAACUCUGCAUCACUCAGGAGGGAGAGUGUCUUCUAGGACGAGAGGAAGCUGAUUACACCAAGUUUCCACUGACUGUUGUCUCUGGGAAGACUGAAGAUGAUGAAGAGAAACCACAAGUAGACAACAUCUUAGCUCCACUAUCAGAUAGUGAGGCUGAAGACGAGGUUGAAGUAACUUUGAGCAGCGAUACAGACUGUGAAGGUGAUAUGAGGACUCACACUGACAAACAAUUUGAAUGCUCUAAGAGGAAGAAAGGUAAAAUACAUUUCAGUUGUUCAAUUUGUGCUAAGAGCUGUACUCAAAACAGCAAGUUAACUCAGCACAUGAGAACACACACAGGCGAAAAACCAUUUAACUGUUCGAUUUGUGGUAAAAACUUUUCUUUUAAAUGCACUUUGACUGAACAUAUGAGAACACACACAGGAGAAAAACCAUUUAAAUGUUCAGUUUGUGGCAAAAGCUUUUCUGCUAAGAGGAAUUUGACUGAACACAUGAGAACACACACAGGAGAAAAACCAUUUAAUUGUUCAGUUUGUGGCAAAAGCUUUUCUGUUAAGAGUAAUUUGACUCAACACAUGAGAACACACACAGGUGAAAUACCAUUAAAUUGUUCAGUUUGUGGCAAAGGCUUUUCUGUUAAGAGCAAUUUGACUCAACACAUGAGAACACACACAGGACUAAGACCAUUUAAUUGUUCAGUUUGUGGCAAAAGCUUUCCUCGAAACAGCUCUUUGUGUCAACACAUGACAACACACGCAGGAGAAAGAACAUUUACUUGUUCAGUUUGUGGGAAAAUCUUUUCUUUUAGGAGGAAUUUGACCCAACACAUGAGAACACACACAGGAGAAAAAGCAUUUAAGUGUUCAGUUUGUGGCAAAAGCUUUUCUGUUAAGAGCAAUUUGAGUGAACACAUGAAAACACACACAGGAGAAAAAACUUUUACUUGUUCAGUUUGUGGUAAAAUAUUUUCUUUUAAGAGGAAUUUGACUCAACACAUAAGAACACACACAGGUGAAAAACCAUUUAACUGUUCGAUUUGUGGUAAAAACUUUCUUUUUAAUUGCACUUUGACUGACCACAUGAGAACACACACAGGUGAAAAACCAUUUAAUUGUUCAGUUUGUGGCAAAAGCUUUUCUGCUCAGGGGAGUUUGCCGCAACAUAUGAGAACGCACACAGGAGAAAAACCAUUUAAUUGUUCAGUUUGUUACAAAAGCUUUUCUGUUAAGAGUAAUUUGACUGAACACAUGAGAACACACACAGGUGAAAAACCAUUUAAUUGUUCAGUUUGUGGCAAAAGCUUUUCUGUUAAGAGAUAUUUGACUGAACACAUGGGAACACACACUGGACAAAGACCAUUUAAUUGUUCAGGUUGUGGUAAAAGCUUUCAUCAAAACAGCUCUUUGUGGCGACACAUGAGAACACACGCUGGAGAAAAAACAUUUAAUUGUUUAGUUUGUUGCAAAAGCUUUUCUGAUAAGAGUAAUUUGACUGAACACAUGAGAACACACACAGGUGAAAAACCAUUUAAUUGUUCAGUUUGUGGCAAAAGCUUUUCUGUUAAGAGAUAUUUGACUGGACACAUGGGAACACACACUGGACUAAGACCAUUUAAUUGUUCAGUUUGUGGUAAAAGUUUUAAUCAAAACAGCUCUUUGUGGCGACACAUGAGAACACACGCUGGAGAAAAAAACAUUUAGUUGUUCAGUGUGCUGUAAAAGGUUCCAACAUAAUGUAAGACACUUAAGAACACACAAGGGAAAAUAACCAAUUAGCUGUUUAGUUUGUGGUAUGUUGCUCAUAUGUGGUGACAUCCACCCUACCCAGGACCUCCUCACUGCUUCUUUCACAAAUAUCUGAGGUAUUCAUACAAACUUGGAUUAUUUGGAGCAUAAUCUUAUCUACUCAUGACCCCAUGUCUUCUCUGUAUCUGAAACCUUCCUGAACAGUAAGAUAGAUGAUGCUUCAAGUGCUUGGUUACUCCUUCUUCAGUCCAGGGACCUGGGGCCUCAUGUGUCAAGUUUGUGCACGCUCAAAAACCUGCACUACGCCCUUUUUUAAGGCAAAGCUGAAAUGUAUCAAGUUGACGUGAAAAUUUGCACUGCCUCACGGCUAGGGUUGGGUAUCGUUUGAAUUCGAACGAUUCCGAUUCCUGACGAUUGUCGAUUCCGAUUCUUUUAAGAGGCAGGGUCAAAAAAAAGUUUAGGAUAUUUUAAAUGAGCUAGCUAACCUACAGUCUUUCUGAAUUAAAUAGUCUGACAUUCUCCAUCAAUUUUAAUUCUAUUAACUUUUUAUGAACUUUACUAUAAAUUCCUCACAGGUCUGUUUUCAACUAGAAUAUAAAUAUCAAAUCUAUGAACUUGAAUAUAAAUAUUAUAAAUUAUGAAUACAUUUUCCCAGGGGUACACUUUCCUCAAGAGAGCUUUAUUUUUGAAAACCUCAUGAAAACACAUUUACACAUAAGUGUAUGAUGCUGCAGGAAAGAGCACAUCGCGGAGCCUGGCUAGCAGGUUGUAAAUUGUCUAUGAAAAAAUAUGCGGGCUAAUUUGUUAGCUGCCUCAACGUUGGCGCAAAACACAUUAUUUAUUGCAUAUAUAUUGUUUUACUUACUGGAUUCGGACUGCAGUGCAGUCACCGAGGUGCCAGGCUGGGCGUCGAAGCCAGAGGAAGAGGAAGAGGCAGAGGAGGACAGUCGGCGCAGCGCGUCGAAGACAGGACACGCAUUUAUAUGUACUCCAUGAACUCGGAGGUGCUUCAUCAUGUUCGACGUGCAUCCUCCUAAGCACGAAACAGUCCUGUCGCACGUGUUACAUUUCGCCGAUAUUUCAUUUUUUUUAGUAACGUAAAGCCACACUUUCGACCGCCGACGCCCGCUAUCCAUGCUUGACUGACUCGCUCGGCUACAUAGGCUCGGCUAUGCUAACACUUCCGGCGGUGGGCGCUUCUUCGUUGGUGUUCAGCGGCUUCUUCUUCCGGUCGGCGGACUUAUUAUUUUUUUCCGGUCGGCGGACUGGGUAUCGAAACUAGGAAUCGAAAUUUAAACUUUUGAACGAUUCCGGGAAAAUCGGAAAGUUAGUCCCGGUUCCAAUCGAUACUCGAUACCCAACCCUACUCACGGCAGCUUCAUAGCUGUCAUACGCACACUUCUACAGGCUGUAUAUGACACACAUAAGUGAUGCUGGGUAACUGUUCCCAUAAAAAAAAUGCCAACUUUUACUCCUUAGACUGAUUGAUGUGCAAAUCAGAGACAUAUGAACAAUUAACCCCCAACACCCACAACCCAACCCCCACCUCCCUCGACAUUCGGGCAUAACAGGCUCAAUCCGGCCCACGAGAUGAGUUUGCGAAGUGUAAAAUUCGGCUGUUGUUUUAAUGAAAGAAACUGCUGUUCUAAAUGUGUCCACUGGAUGUCGCAAUAGCAAUUCUGUUAGGCAAGGAAAUAGUUUAUACAGCGAGCAAGUAUACCAAGCAAGAGGUACACGGUAAAGCGGGACUGUGACUCCUCCCCCUCCACCCAACGUAAAACAGGAGUAAAAUAAGCAAUCAGUAACCCCACUUAAAAUGCAGCAUGAGACACUGCACACUGAUAUAGUUCUGUGAAAAUGAUUGUCUUCUGUGCAAAUGUAAAGAAAGUGAACAGUGUGUGAUUUACUGCAAUACUGUCAGUCUUUUAACUUUUUAUUUGUGCUUUGUUGAAAUUGUUCACACAUUGCACAGCUUUUAUUUUUCUAUCAAUACACAUUAUGUCUAGAAGACAGGAAGUAACUCAACACUCUUGAAUAGUUUCUACCUCAGUUUGUGUGGUUUGUUGAGUUAGCACAGGAUUAAUAUGUGGAAAUGACAAAUGAGGUAGUUGAUACAUAGAAUAGUUUUUAUUCAUGCUUGAUUUUGUUUUUUGUUCAAUCCUAGAUGGGUUGUGACUUAAAGUUUAAUUGCUUCAUAGAAACACUGAGAAUAGGUCUAAAUUCAUUGUUCUUCAAGGUGUUUUUGAAAGUGGACCAUUUUUUUACCCUCAGAAUUGUUUAUCCAACUUGAAGUGUUUUGUCAAGAUGAUUAUUUGAGCUAUGUACAUUUUCAGAAUGUGCAAGUUCUAUUUUGGGCCGAAGUAAAAUAAAGAAAACAAUCUGAAGUUGUCAUAGUCGUAUUUUUAAGUUAUCAUGCCAGGAUUUUACCCGUCCCGCCCACGUGGAAAUAGAUUUUCCUCCAUGCGGCC